UACCGGAAGUUCCGUUCCGUCGCGAACUCGGACAGCAAGCGCACUUCUUCACAGUGUAUGUGUGGCAACAACAUGUCUGUGCCGCUACUCGACGAGGCCGUGACGAUAUCUGGGAUGGAGAAGGAGACCGCGGCGGUGAUCUUCCUUCAUGGGUUAGGAGACUCUGGGCACGGGUGGGCCGACUCUCUGACGGAGAUCCGGCUGCCUCACGUUAAAUUCAUCUGCCCCCACGCGCCCCCGAUCCCUGUCACACUCAACAUGAAGGCCAUGAUGCCCGCAUGGUUCGACCUCAUGGGUCUCAGCCCCGACUGCCAGGAGGACGAGUCUGGAAUCAAGAAGGCCGCCGACAGCAUCAAGGCCAUAAUCGACCACGAGGUCAAGAACGGGAUCCCCCCCCACCGCAUCAUGCUGGGAGGCUUCUCACAGGGCGGCGCCUUGUCCUUGUACACCGCCUUGACCUGCCAGCAUCAGCUGGCUGGCGUUGUGGCUCUCAGCUGCUGGCUUCCCCUCCACAGGAGUUUCCCAUCGGCGUCCAGUGGCCAUAAGAACAUCCCGAUCCUGCAGUGCCACGGCGAGAUGGACGCCAUGAUACCGGCGCAAUUUGGCGCCAUGACGUCCCAAAAACUCAAAUUCAUCGUCAACCCUCAGCUGGUCACCUUCAAAACCUACCCAGGGCUCUCUCACAGCUCCUGUCCUCAGGAGAUGGCGACGGUAAAGGAAUUCAUCGAGCAGUAUUUGCCCCGAAUCUGACCUCGUCAUCCCCACUGUGACCUCUCUCCCCGAGACACUGACCUCUCACCCUUUGCUCCGCCAUUCUCCCACAGGAAACAGCCAUGAGCGACCCCCCAUCCCCUCCUCUACUUCCCACACACACAUCGGCAAGAUGUUAAACACACGCAUGAAAACCACGCACACAUUCGAUAACACGAAAGAUUCGACCCACGCAGACCAACAACACGCGCGUGCUCCUCCACGCAGUCCAGCAAGGCUCAUACCGGCGCAAAGGAAACCACUGGUUUGAUUCUCACAACUAAGCGCUCGCACUCACAAGUCUUAAGCCUUUCGGAGGGAGAAACACUGACUCGCACUAUACAUUCCCUUUGGUAAUAUUUCAAAUGCCUCCCCCCCUAACCUCAGCUUUUCUCCACUCCAGUUUCAUUUUGCUGUCCCGCGCUCUCACGCCGUUCACGCCUCCAUCGCUGCGUCAGUCUGUAGGACUCCAGGUGGAAACCAACAAGCAGGUAGACGUGUUUCUGGUGCGGUCGUACGAAGGCGCGGUCAGACCAUCGCCUCUCUGGGCUGCUUUGGUUCAACCGCCACAUCGGAUGGCGUCAAAAUUCAAUCAGAUUGGUUAAAAAACGUCCGACUAGACCGACUGUCAGUCUGACUGGUUUCCCUCCAGCCCCACAGGACUCUGACCAGGUACAGCGAGUGCUGGUUUUUAGAGCUGGUUACCUAGCAACCCAUCCAUCCCAGCGCAUGCCACCUCAUGACACGUACACCGCAGCCCGUCCGGGUCUCGGAUCGGGUUAUCUACUCACAGAUAAACCCCCUAUUUUUUCUUCUUCCCCCCUUCUUUGUUAAAUCAAAGUACCAACAUUCACAAGGGCCUCUCAUUUCUUUUCUUUUUUUCACGAGUGUGAUAAAACAUCUUUGAAGUACAUGAAGAAAAUCCAAUUGUAAUAAAAGAAAACUUAACCAUCGAUGCUAUUGCCGCCCCGUGCUGUUUUAUUUCAAAAUGUCCUCGCCUGCAUGUUCGUCACCUCUUCCUGCUUUACGGCAUGCUUUCUGGGAAAUUACCAGUUGAUGUUAUUCUUUUUUUAAACAAAGGCGUGUAGGCUUACAGAUGUCUGAGUUGCAUGAAAUCAAAUGCUCUAGAUGCUCAGACGAGUCGCUUCACUGUUCCUCCCACCGACUUUUCCUCUCAAAAUCAUCUUCCCCGUUCAAUCCCCUCCCCCAUUAAUUAAUCUCAGUGGUUUUUAAACUCCGGGAUAUAAACCUGCUUCUUCCACGACACCACAGCAGAUCUGAGUUUUUACGCUUCAGACCAUUUGUUCCUCACAAAAGGUCAGAAAAUAUUACCCUCUUUAGCAACUAAUAGAACAUGAAAGGUCAGACUCCAAGUGACCCCGAUGCUCCCCACUUUAAAAUACAACGGCUAUACACCCGGAGGGCUUCGGCAAGAAGCGUUUCCAACUCAAACCGAAGGGUGAUUUUACAAGUAAUAAUUUAAAAAAAAUAAUCUUUAACAAUGUGUGAUCCUUGAACAUAGAAAUGUAACUGAUGAUUAGUGUGUGUGCUUGAAAAUAUAUAUAUCGGGUGUUCUUCAUUUUCCUUUUGUGAAUGUUAAUGUUGCUCUAAUGAUAUGUUCUGUACGGCUGUUCUUCAUCCUGAUUGGUGGAGAGAAGGACAUCGGUUUUGAUUGUGAACAAAUCAAUGAAUGUCUCGCUGACUUCCUCGAGUCCUUCUAUGUUUUCACUGGAUCUCUGAUGCAGCUCUGCUUCUCUUCAUGCAGUUUAUGUUUCUCCUCUUUGACACCAUCCUCAUCUUUUUUUUCUUUGUUAUUCCAACAUUUUCCAGCCUCUGUGUUUUGUGUUUCCUCCUGGGUUGUACGUCGUCAUUGGUUAUGUUUUUACAUACGUGUUUUGUUUAUUGGACUUAUGUUCAUUGUGUUUCGUCACUGUUUUCAUCUCAUUCCUUUUUUGUGUCUAAUGAUGAGCAUUACAAAAAAAGAAGAAAAAAACAUGUUUAGGGGAGACUUAGUGGUCUUUUUGUUUUUGUUUUUUGUUGGUUUUCAAAACUACCCUAUGCAGAAUAAAUGACAAUAAAAAGCCCAUGUGAUGGAAGCAUC